AUGUCACCACACUCCUGUGAUGAUAUGAUUCUAACGAAGACUACGGUGAUGAUGAUGAUGAUGAUGAUGAUGAUGAUGAUGAUGAUGAUGAUGAUGAUGAUGAUGAUGAUGAUGAUGAUGAUGAUGAUGAUGAUGAUGAUGAUGAUGAUGAUGAUGAUGAUGAUGAUGAUGAUGAUGAUGAUGAUGAUGAUGUGGUUUAUGAAGUUAGCACAGCACACUUCACAAACCACAUCAUCAUCAUCAUCAUCAUCAUCAUCAUCAUCAUCAUCAUCAUCAUCAUCAUCAUCAUCAUCAUCAUCAUCACCAUCAUCAUCAUCAUCAUCAUCAUCAUCAUCAUCAUCAUCAUCAUCAUCAUCAUCAUCAUCAUCAUCAUCAAUAUCAUCAUCAUCAUCAUCAUCAUCAUCAUCAUCAUCAUCAUCAUCAUCAUCAUCAUCAUCAUCAUCAUCAUCAUCAUCAUCAUCAUCAUCAUCAUCAUCAUCAUCAUCAUCAUCAUCAUCAUCAUCAUCAUCAUCAUCAUCAUCAUCAUCAUCAUCAUCAUCAUCAUCAUCAUCAUCAUCAUCAUCAUCAUCAUCAUCAUCAUCAUCAUCAUCAUCAUCAUCAUCAUCAUCAUCAUCAUCAUCAUCAUCAUCAUCAUCAUCAUCAUCAUCAUCAUCAUCAUCAUCAUCAUCAUCAUCAUCAUCAUCAUCAUCAUCAUCAUCAUCAUCAUCAUCAUCAUCAUCAUCAUCAUCAUCAUCAUCAUCAUCAUCAUCAUCAUCAUCAUCAUCAUCAUCAUCAUCAUCAUCAUCAUCAUCAUCAUCAUCAUCAUCAUCAUCAUCAUCAUCAUCAUCAUCAUCAUCAUCAUCAUCAUCAUCAUCAUCAUCAUCAUCAUCAUCAUCAUCAUCAUCAUCAUCAUCAUCAUCAUCAUCAUCAUCAUCAUCAUCAUCAUCAUCAUCAUCAUCAUCAUCAUCAUCAUCAUCAUCAUCAUCAUCAUCAUCAUCAUCACCGUAG